CAGUAUUAGAUGUGAUCUUUUUGUCUAUCAUUAUAAGAUUAUCAUAGUAAAAGUAUCUUUCAGUGCAGUAUAACAUAUUAAAAGUUGUGAUCUCUUAUCUUCUGCCCCUUCAACCGAAAACAAAGCCCUCACACAUUCAAAUGUCAGAUCUGUCCAGGCAGCGUUUGCCAAAUUCUCUCCUAUGAAAUAUGCUCAAAUCUGGCUUCUCGCAGAAGGCGGUCUUUGCAGGAUCCAGAGGUCAGACCACGGCCACUGCACGAGCAAAGUAAAUAAUGAAGACAUUAAUGAGCUGUUUGCUUUGGAGCUGUGUUUGUUUUGGAGCUCUUGUGUAAAAGAAAGACCUUAAGUACAAGUUCCAGCAGUGAGUUCAGGACGGAUCCCCAUCAUUAAUACAAGUUGUAGUUAAUUAGAUGAGAGGAAUGACACCACACCAUGAGCACCAUUUCCCAAAACAUCAAAUGAGUCCUUUAGACUUUGGUGGAGUUGGACAAAGUUCCUCCAGACAAAUGGCUCUUGUCAUAUACUGCUCCCAAAAGAGAGCGAGAGAGAGAGAGAGAGAGAGAGAGAGCUCUUGUAUCUAAACAGAAGCAGAGAGAAGACAGUCCCAUCUCUCCAUUCCCUGUCUGCUCAGUGUCUGAGACUGAACACAGUGAGUUCAUUAUCAUACACCUCUCCAUUUCUGGAAGUUAUUCCUACAUACAGGGUUUCCUCAUGCGGGGACAGACGGCAGACUACUACUGGACCCAACAAGAAGAUGGUUCCAGUUAAACUUCUCAUUCUGGGAGCUCAGAACACUGGAAAAACAGCACUGUGUGUUCGUUUCAUAACCAAACGCUUCAUCGGUGAAUACGACCGUAAAAAGGAGGUGACCUACAGAUGCAGUCGGGCGCUGGACCAGGAAGCUGUUGAUCUGGAGAUUUUGGAUAUAGCUUGUAAGGAGAGCUCUGUGGCGUCUCUGGAGUCGUCCAUCCGCUGGGCAGACGGCUUCCUGCUGCUCUACUCUAUCACACAGCGCCUCAGCUUCCAGGACGUCCCGCGACUCAAGAAGCUCAUCGAGCAAACCAAACAGAGUCUGGUUGUACCUACAGUGCUGGUAGCGAAUAAGGCGGACCUGGAAAUCGGCAGGGAGGUGACAACAGAGGAAGGACAGAGACUGGCCAAGGAUUUAAGGUGCGGCUUCAGGGAGCUGUCGGUGGCAGAAGCUGUUUUAGCUGUGGAAGCACCCGUGUUUCAGCUCAUCAGGCUGGUGUUGGACCAGCAGCGUCCUCUGCCGGACCGCCGCUCCUACAUGCUGACUGUUCGCCACGCUCUGACCAGGAAACUGACCCGGUCUAAGACCAUGCAGUGGUGACCGCAGCAAACAAACAACUAGAUAUACAUUUUUCAGCUGCACUCAGUCACAUGCAUUAUUUACUGUCAACAUGUGCUCACUACUGUAAAAGCAAUCAUCUGUACACACAGAGCUGCUACAUGUUAGAAAGUGACUUUUGUUUCAUCCUCCAGUAGAGGGCAGUACGGUCAUUUCAUCUGGUGCAAACUCAUCCCAGUAUGUCAAACACACUGUUUGUCUAAAGGUAUAUGAAUAACCCUUUGAUAUGGAAUGAGCUGACCCACAAUCUGUGAGAUCCAUGCCGAUUUUAGCAGCAGAUUAAGGCACUUGUUCUUUGAAUAACAUGAUAAGGAAUCAAGUAGGGGUGUCAGUAUAGUCAACUUCAUGCACAAGAACAUAAGCCUCUAACUCGUGGAUGAACCAAGGUAUCAGUCUGUGAGUAAAACCGUUGAACUUGCCCUUGUUGUAGGAGUGUGUCGAUGACGUAACAGUGUGUAAAGAAUGAUGCUGGUUUUGAUUAGAGUCUUGGCGUUAUUUGACUGUGUUCCUGUCUAUGUAUCUAUCUCUGUCUCUCUCUCUCCUCGUCCAUCACUCUGAACUUCUGAACUUUAUGAUCAGCGAGAGACAUCUGAUGAAAAAAAAAAAGGAGACGGAGGUAAAAGCAGCACAGAGAAUAAAACAGGGAUCAAAGCACUGGGCGUCUUUGGCAUCUUGUCUGUAAGAAAAAGAGCUGCUCAGUCUGACUGCUCUGUUUAUACACACUGCUCUGGCUCCUGCCAAUUGUAAAGGCAUUAUGGGAAAAUUGACUGUGUGCUUACUCCCGCUGUCCAACCCCACAACCGUUUAUUAUACAUCAACUACUCCACCCAACCAACCUCAGAACCCCAAUGGGCUCUAACACAGAGGAUGAAAAUGUGAAGAUAGUUACAUAUUUAUGGCUCUAAAGUUAUUUAUACCAGACCCAAUUAUUGAUACUAUUUUAAGCUUUCUAUGUAUUUGGAUUCUGUGAUUGCAUCGCUAUAUUGUAGUUUUUAUUGAUACUGGCAGGGUCCGCCUUUCCUGCGUGUUGUUAAAACACACCUGCUGUUACCACCAGUCACCACAGGUGUCGCUAAAGCAACCAUGACUUAUGAAACAGUCUAAAUAAUACCGAUGCCUCUGUAUGACUGUAUUAACAUUGGCAGCUAAAACGGAGUUGAUUUUGUUUCACCGUUGUUAUAUUACAGUUUUUAAUCUUA